AUGGGCAUUGAUAUUAUAUGGCUUUUACCCAUUCAUCCGAUUGGUAUAUCUAAUCGCAAAGGUUCACUUGGUUCACCGUAUUCGAUAAAAGAUUUUCGUGCCAUCAAUCCAGAAUAUGGUAGAAUGGAUGAUUUUCAUCGUUUAGUCUCAGAAAUUCACCGACUAGGUAUGAGACUCAUGAUUGACAUUGUCUAUCCACACACUAGUCAUGACUGUUCAUGGGUAAAAGAACAUCCAGAAUGGUACAUGAGAGAUGAAAAGGACAAUCCUAUUUCUUUAAUGCCCCAGUGGACAGAUAUUUUGGAUUUGAAAUUCGAAGGAAACGAAACGGCAUUGUGGCCUGAACUAAUUGAUAUACUAAAGUUUUGGUGCGAGUAUGGUGUCGAUGGAUUUCGCAUGGAUGUUGCUUCUUGUGUUCCCAUGGAAUUCUGGUGA